AUGGCCUGGAGAUUGAAUGCCAGAUUCCACACGAACAAUCUUAUUGAAUCCUAUUACCAUAUCUUGAAAGCUUACUACUUGGGAAGAUCAAAAAACUUCUGGGUUAACCGGUUGGUUUACAUGUUCUCCCAAGUAGUUGAGCAUGACUAUAGACAAGAGGGUCUCAAGAUUAUGUAUGGGUUCAAGAAGCUUGUUCUCACUCAUGUUGAGAAGGCUAAGAAGAAGGCUUUUGACGUUGAUCACGAGGAUGCUCUUUGCAUGAUUAAAACUGUAGAAGACAACUUGGUGUACAAGUGUCGCUCCUUUACUGACAAUUCUGUUUGGUAUGAGCUCUUGCUUAAAGAGGAAGUCCUGUCAGUUGGCUCUUGUCCAGACCCUAAUAAUUUGUGCAAACAUAUUUUUUUAGUUGGCACAAUAAUGGGACUUCAAUACUCUUUAACUAAAGAGCUUCCUAUCAUCCAGAACCCAGAAGUUCAGAUAAUACUGAACACUAGUGUGGUGUCAAAGCAAGGUGCUGCAGAUAUGACCAAUUCGUAUUCUCUAUAUGUGCGAGCUGAUCCUGGAUCUGAUGGGGUUUCCCUUACUAUAGUUACACAUAUCUUUGACACUAGAGUAUAG